AUGGCGUCAGAUAAUGUUGCCUCAUCUGAUACCGGGCCGGUGAAUGAUGAAGGGUCAACUGGAAGUGGCAAUGGUAAUUCCACUUCUCCUUCUGGAGGUGGGUCCAAUUCAGGGCCACCGAGUUCUGGUUGGAGAUUUUCUGCCAGUACCGCUUCCACAAAACCGGGUGCUGUGAUAAACAAGCGCACUUUGGCUGAGUACAAUAGCUCUCUUUCUACCAAGAAUCAAGCUACUCAAGCCAAGCAACAAACAAACCAGGAAAAUCUGACUGAGCAGAAAAGUGAAUCAAACAAGGGCCAUAGAGAAACUAGAGAAAAUUAUGAUAGGAAAGUUGGAGAUGAUAUGGAAAACGACGAUAGUACUGCCGAAACUGACGAUGCUCAUGAAGCAGAUUCGUCUGAAGCAGAAACGGUUAUUUUAGAGGAAAGCAAAGAACCGAAAAGACGAAACCUGUCAGUUGUAGAGUCUGGAAAUGGUUCAAAUGAUUCGGGUGUAAAGAUCAAGAUCCGCAAGCUCUCAGAUGCUAGUGAAGGCCGUUCAGCCCAUUCUAAAUCUAACAAACCUUUGAAACGUCUGCAAAAGCGAAUCCAUGUUAGCGACGACGAUGAUGAUGAUGAGUAUUCUGGUGAUAAAGAUGAUAGUGAAAAUGAAAACGAUAAUGACGACCAUGAACAUCGUAAUGAGCAAAGACAUAACCGACAACCUUUUCAAAGAGCCGGUGGUGCCUCUGGUACCUUAUCUGACUCUGAUGAUUGGAACGACCCAAGAGGCCGUGUCAAGUCAAGAAGUAGAGAUACAAGUCGUAACUCAAGUUCUAGUACUGCUGCCAAUGCCAAUCGUAAGGUUAAAAGUGUAGUUACUGCAAAGAUGCGAAAAGAUGGAAGGAGCCAUGUCAAAGAUACCGAUGAUGGUAAACAUUCACGAUCGGUUUCUCCUGCUGUCAGGUCAGGUAAUCAUAAUGUCACUGCCAGUGGGCUUACAAUGCCUGUUCAACCAAUUCGUAAAGAUGGAAGUCCUAUAAGAGAUGCAAGUGGUCGUUUACUUCUGCAAAAGCUGUGUGAUAAAGGUGAUUUCGAGAGAUCCAAGGCAUUGAUUGAAAUGGGUGUGGAUGUUAAUGAUCGAGAUUAUGCGGGAAACACAGCUUUACAUGAUGCGGCACUCAAAGGGCAUCUCAAUAUUGUUGAGUUGCUGUUGGAUAACGGUGCAAUUAUCGAUAUCCGGUCUGGAAUUAGCGAUCUGGAUACCCCUUUAAUAGACGCUACAUCACGAGGCCAUGUCGAAGUUGUUAAACUUCUUCUUAGUCGAGGAGCAGACCCACGUAUUUUUAAUGCCCAAGGGAAAACUGCGCUAGAUUUCUUGUCGCAGGACGACGAACAUUUCAACACGUUGGAAUCCCUGCUGAAGGAAUAUUCUAUUAAGAUGAGGAAUAAGCCACGUCGUGGGAGCGAUACGGGAGGUGCUGAAGACGAAAAUAAUGGUGGCAAUGGAAGUGCAGCUAACAACAGUGCUUAUGAUGCUGCACUUCAUGCUACACCUGGCACCUUUCCAGAUGCUUACUUUGAAGGACGGCGAGGUGGUGGCAAUUACAGUGAUGGUGGGUAUAGCAGCAGUGGGAGUCAAAGUGGACAUCGCCAGAAACACAGCCAUAAUAACCAAGUGUCUCAUGGCCAUAAUAACCACCAUCAUCAUCAUAAUCGUAGUCAUAGUCCAUCGCAUACCCAUAAUCAUGGCACAGGACACCACACAACGUCAGGUGAUGCUGAUGAGUCAAGCUCUUUAUCACACGAUGAAGGAAGUAAAUCUUCUUCCAGUCAUACUCGUAGAAGAGGAGGUGCUCGAUCACAAAGUAUUCGUAACGAUCUUUUGUGGAUGGAUUUGACAACUAAAACCGGUCGGGAGCAGGUAUACCGUCGAGCUGCUGAUGGCGACCUACAGUAUGUUGGUAGGUCGUUAGAAGAAGGUUGGCAGCCUGAUGCUGAUUGCUUAGUGCUAGCUGCUAAGCAUGGACAUACUGAAGUAGUUGGUUUGCUUCUGGCAUUUGGUGUUAGUAGUGAUCAACUCAACGAUGAGGGUGUUACUGCUCUUCAUGAGACUGUUGGGAGAGGUCAUAUGGAUACUAUUAGAUUGUUACUUGACUCUGGAGCGGACCCAUGCUGGGUUGAUGCUCAAGGAAGAUCAUAUCUAGAUCUUGCAAAGGAAGCUCUUGGUAGCGAUGACGAAGAGACUAUACUUAUUAGAGACGCUGUUGAUAAAAAGAAAAAGAUUCCUGGCAAAAAAGAUCAAACAUCGUCGUCGAGUUCCAGUUCUGCUUCGAAUUUGAUCAAAUCGAAAUCUGACGUUGAAAAAAGACGGAAAGUAAGUGACGACCAUGAAAUCCCGCCUGAUCGUAUCAAAAAGAGAAAGCUUCAGAAAGUUGAAAAGAUUGACAAAGCUGAGAAGGCUGAAAAGGCUGAAAAAUCUGAAAAAGCUAAAAGCCGAAUGGAAUCUCCAGCCAGGGUCAAGGAAGAGCCAUCUAGCGAUGUUAGAAGUCGACAACUCGAUGAGAAAGCUAAAGCUGAGGCUGCAGAAUCGGCUGCUCGUGAACUUCGUAAACAACAGGAAGCUGCUGCUGAGAAAAAAGCAAGGGAAGAGGCUGCUCUAGCUGAGAAGAAACGGUUAGAAGAAAUUGAGAGAGAACGAUUGAAAGAAUUAGAACGUAAGCGUGCUGAGGAAGCUGAAAUUAAGCGUGCUGAAGAAGCUGAGAAAGCACGACAGGCUCGGGAAGCCGAACGGCGAGCAGAAGAAGAAAAGCGCCGAAUUCAGAAGGAAAAGGAACGAGAGCUUGCUCGCAAACGAGAAAUCAUUGCCGCUCAAAAGGAAAGAGAACGCAAGGAAAGAGAGUUCCAAAUGCUCAAGAGUCUUGAAGAAGAGGAGAAUCGCCGGAAAGAAAAGAUCAAGCGCGAACAAGAGCUUGAAGCAGAACGAUUGCGUCAAUUGCAAAUUGAGGAAGAGCGUAAGAAAGCUCUGGAAGCUGAACAGGAACUCGACCGACAGCGUAUGUUGCAGCUUCAACAGGAAGCUGAGGCAAGAAAGAAUUUCCCCUAUGCAAUUCGCAUGGCCACCUAUGGACCCAAACAAUUGGACGAAAUGAUGUCUUUCUUUCCCAUUCUGGUCCAUUCUGUGGUACCCGACACUUCGUACUUCUUGGACAUUCAGGUCUCAUUGCUACUGGGCCUUCCUAAUGUCCAUCAAUCCUGUAAGUUAUAUGUCGCAGUUCAGACUUAA